CUCUGAACCCCAUGCAAGUCAAAGCGAUGCUGGUGGAGAUCUCUUUAGCCUUCCAAGACUUCGGUUCUCAGCAGCCCGGGGACCGGGAGGAGCGGCUCCUCCUCCUCCUCCCCUCAGCCUCCUUCUGUCGCUCGCAGUUUGAAGGCAUGUGCGAAGACGAACCGAGGAGGACGACAUGCCUGCAGGACGGAGGAGUCUGCGUAUCGAUCGCAGACGAGCGGGAGGAAGCGGCGAGGAGGGAGCAGGGAGCAGGAGAGGGGGAGGCAGCGUUCCUCGACAACGAGAUGAUGUGGAACAACAUGAUGGUGCUGUCGAUGAUUGCUGGGGAGUACACAAGUCGGCACCUCAAGACCAAGUCCCUUCCUCCUCAAGUGUCCUCCACUCUCGCGUCCUACAGCAUCUUCAGCUUCUCUGCAGCCGCUCGCUCCUUCAUCCUUCAUCUCGUCGUCCUCGCCAUCCUCCAGCAGCCAACAGCCUCACGUGUCCUCGACGAGUUUCUGUUCCUUCACCAGCUCGCCAAGCAGCCGCCAACGUGCGCUCCGAGCAUGUUUGUGCCCGUCCUGGAGGAGGGAGGAGGAGGAGGGGGAGGAGGGGGAGGAAGGGGAGGAGGAGGAGGAGGGAAAAAAGGUCUGAUGGCACCAUCCCCAGCGUCUAGGAAGUUGCAUGGUGGACCAACAAUAGAUGUCUCCACCAGCUC